CGCACGCCCGUGCCCCGUGUCUACCUCCUUUCAGCUGCGUGGGGGCCCUCUACAAACCAUGGCUUUUACUGGUGUCCUGGCAGUGCCCUCCCCAAUUCCUUGGGCAUCAAAGAGUGCACCUGCUUACUCAGUAAGACUGAAUACCUCUUUUUCCUAAGACUUGGUAGGGGGAGGCAGGGAGGCACAGCGACGCAGCUGUCAGUGGCCAUGGAGGUGUGACAGAGGUAUCUCAGAUCCCUGACCCCUUAAUGCUGCACCGGACUCGAAACUCUCCUGUGAAGCCUUAGGGUACAGCGCUCUUUGUCCCCCCCAGCUGUGCUCACUGCCCACCAACCCGAUGCGCACUGAGUGGGGGUGGGAAGCCUGAAAGCCACCACAGAAGUGGGGACAAGAAGGGAAGGCUGUCCUGAAGUGGUAUGUUCCACACUCCUCAUCCCUUCCUUGUUGUGCUUAGGCUUUCUCCGUCCAGUGUGUCCCUGGGGUCCGGAAGGGGAGGGUCUAGGCAAAGGCGCGGCACAGCCUGAGCCUGCAGUCCCAGAGCUCGCACACAGACAGGAGACCUCUCAAGGCUGGCUCAUUCUCCAUUUCUUCUCUCUCAAGCUUUUGUGUCUGUGCCUUUGAGCUGAAAGGAGGGUGCACUAGGGAAGGAGGAGGGGUGCCUGGGGUGAGAGCACCCUCUUCACGCGCGCGCGCGCACACACACACGUUGCCGGUGCACGCACACACGGGCGGACACACACUUCCAGACGCGCGCGAGCGCACACACACACACACACACACACACUCGCACGCACAAAGCUCUCUCGCUUUGAGCGCACUAACGUGGCCGCUUUCUUUGUGUGGAGCCCUCGAGUGGGGUUGGGACCCGGGUCCUGUCCCGGGGAGAUGGCGCAGCCCAUCCUGGGCCAUGGGAGCCUGCAGCCCGCCUCAACUGCUGGCUUGGCAUCCUUGGAGCUCGACUCAUCGAUGGACCAGUACGUGCAGAUUCGCAUCUUCAAAAUCAUCGUGAUUGGGGACUCCAACGUGGGCAAGACCUGCCUGACCUUCCGCUUCUGCGGGGGUACUUUCCCAGACAAGACUGAGGCCACUAUCGGUGUGGACUUCAGGGAGAAGACCGUGGAAAUCGAGGGCGAGAAGAUCAAGGUUCAGGUGUGGGACACAGCCGGACAAGAACGCUUCCGUAAAAGCAUGGUUGAGCAUUACUACCGCAAUGUGCAUGCCGUGGUCUUUGUCUAUGACGUCACCAAGAUGACCUCCUUCACCAACUUAAAAAUGUGGAUCCAGGAAUGCAAUGGGCAUGCUGUGCCGCCCCUCGUGCCAAAGGUGCUUGUGGGGAACAAGUGUGACUUGAGGGAACAGAUCCAGGUACCCUCCAAUUUAGCCCUCAAAUUUGCUGAUGCCCACAACAUGCUCUUGUUUGAGACAUCAGCCAAGGACCCGAAAGAGAGCCAGAAUGUGGAGUCGAUCUUCAUGUGCCUGGCUUGCCGACUGAAGGCCCAGAAAUCCCUCUUGUACCGUGAUGCUGAGAGGCAGCAAGGCAAGGUGCAGAAACUGGAAUUCCCACAGGAAGCUAACAGUAAAGCUUCCUGUCCUUGUUGAAACCAAAUGGUGUAAAUACUUGAGAAUUAGCACUGGAGGGUUUUUCUUUUCCUUUUUUUUUUUUCUGUGCCUGCAUAAUAAUGCUUACACCUGCUUGUU